AACAAAGCUGCGACAAUUAAGAAGUCGACCAUGUCGCAGUUAACCUGCUCUUCCAGACUAAGCUUUGGCUGGUGCCGAUUCGCAGUUCGGCUAGAGAAGAAAUUUAUACGGAGUAAGUUUUCGCGCACUUGGCGGGAUGCCGUGGGGUGUGCUUGGCUUGGCUUGGCGCAGUGAGUCGGGAUUGAGAGGCGUUGGUGCUGUGCCGGCCCGGUGUCUUGUACUCCGAUAUGCUUUUGUUUGGGCAUCUAUUUGCCCGCCGUUACUCGGAAGAUAUGGCUAGAUCGUCGAAGUUCGGGAAUCCUGCCCGAUGCAACGUGUGUGCGUCUUCAAUCCUUCCAUAGUAGGAAAGAUUGGCAUGCGGGUUGCACUGAGCUUUUCUUGAAGAGGGACAUUCGUGGUGCCUUGGCCUAUACGCUAACUGGAGGAGGGGGCCCCAGAGUCGUCCGAAGUGGGGAAUUUGGGGUUGCUGGACCACGAUCUGGCGCUAGAUGUCGGUCUGCAAACCCCGUGGAGCUUUACCCCGGCCACGUUAAACUUUUACCCCGAACAAGAGAAGGUAUAAAGGCUGCCGCUACGAAGCCGUUCUAUUUUCCAUAGCCUGGUGCCAACUACUGUGAGAGUCUGUGUUUCUCGGCCCUACUGUGCUCCUUCUCCCUCCCUCCAAUCUACAACGUUUCUUGGUGUUGCUCAAGAUGGCAGGUCUUCAACUCAACAUCGACUGGAAGUCGAAUCGACGGGCCAUUGCCUUCUGUCUGGUAGCUGCGAUCGGUGCUCUGUGCUACGGUUAUGAUACAAUCUACUAUACUGGUGUUCAAGGGAUGGCAUGGUUUGCGAAGGACUAUGGAGAGGAAGGCUCAGACGGCUCCUUCUCGCUUGGAACAACGUUCCUGUCCUUGUCUGCUAGUAUUAUCUAUGUGGGAGAGCUUGUCGGUGCCAUCGCCGCCGCUCCCAUAAAUGACUUUUUUGGCCGACGUGCCGUGUUCCUGUCUGCGUCGAUCUGUAUCGUCGUCGGAGCCGUCGUGCAAGCCUGCUCUUUUGGCUCGCAUCCGGUUUUUUACGUCAGCCGUGUCCUGAUUGGUCUGGGGGUCGGACAGUUCACUGCCACUUGCCUUAUCUAUAUCGGAGAGGUGGCACCAUCCGCCAUCAGAGGUCCAGCUCUCAUGUGCUUCCAGUUCAUGCAGUCCAUUUCUCAACUUGUGGGAGCCUGCGUCAACCAGGGUACACAGGGCAUCCAAAGCUCCCAAUCCUACCGCAUCCCCAUGUGCCUUCUUGUCGUCCUUCCGGGUAUCAUGCUUCUCUGCCUUCCAUUCACCCCGGAAAGUCCAGUCUGGUAUAUGUACAAAGGCAAGCGCGAGCAAGCGAUCAAAUCCCUCCGCAAGAUCAAUCAUAGCAACUGCGACUACGACCCCUCUGCAGACAUCCAGGCCAUCGAAGAGGCUGUCCAGCAAGAACAGGAAAUGGCUAAGGACGCCACCUGGGCCUCCCUAAUCACCGACCCCGUCGAACGCCGCAAACUUUUCUACGCCUGUGGCGUCAUGUUCGUCCAGCAAAUCAACGGCAUCCAGUUCUGGUACACCUAUGGCGUCGUCUUCGCGCAGUCCAUCGGCGUCGCGGACCCCUUCACCAUCAAUACCAUCAUCUACGUCCUACAGAUCAUCACUGUCGGUGUCUCUGUCGUCUUGGGGAAUCGAAUCAAGCGCCGCACGAACCUCCUCGUCUGCUCAUGCGGGAUGUUCAUCUCUCUACUCACUGUCGGCGGUCUCGGAACCACCAAGGCCGCCGAUGGCACGCUCAGCCGUGGCAUUGGCAUUGGCAUCGUCGUCCUCGCAUACAUCAACAUCAUCUUCUACAACUUCUCCAUCGGAACCCUCUCUUACUCCAUCGCGUCGGAGAUGUCCGUUGGCCGGAACAGAAACAAGAUCACCUCGUGCGCUAUGGGCGUGUUCUUCGUUACCGUCUGGCUCAUGGUCUUCACCAGCCCCUAUAUGUACUACACGGCGAACCUAGGCCCGAUGAUCGGAUUUAUCUAUGGGGGUACCACGUUGUUCUUGCUGGCAUACUCGUGGUUCUGUGUUGGUGAGACUGCGGGGCGCAGCAAUGCGGAUAUCGACAGGCUUUUCCAGGAUAGGGUUCCUGUUCGCGAGUGGGCAACGUAUGUUAUCCCUGCCGACGAUGGGGAGGAUUUGAAGAAGAAGGGUACGAACGAUGAGCAGAUCGAGAGGGUAUGAGCUCUAUGAUACCAGCUAUCUGGUCUAACCCAGGAGCGGUGAUGUAACAAAGAUUCAU